AACUCAUUAUAUCAUUUUAAAAUCCAAUCGACCCCUUCUCCUCCUUUCGCAUUCUCAAUCUCCAUUCCCUCCAUAGGGGUUUGUAAAUCCUCGAACUUCCCGUGAUCGUAGAUUCCAGAUUCUCCUUACCAGAAACGUGUUUCUUGUGAAUUCAUGGCCGUCUCGUCCUUCAAAUCCACCUCUAAGAGGGGGAACUUGGUCGUCUCUUCAACUUCUUCGUUUUCCGGGAAAGAAAGUGCCCCGAAUUCGCCCAAGAAAGUCCCUGCUCGAAGGUCCAGGAGUGUGAGCGCCUCCCCCAGGCAUCACCUGGAUGUUACCUCUGAUUUCCUCAACAAAAGAGACAAUCCUCUGUUUUGGAGCGCCGACUCGCCGUUGGAGGGUGACAUCCGAUCUGAGACCUCCGUGAGAUUCUCCAAAUUUGAGGAAAAAGCAGCGGAAUCUGACCGGAAAACUUCGAAAGUUGCGAGUUCGGUGGAUAGCAGAAGGGGGAGAUCAGUGUCGAGGAAUGCCGAUGCCGGUAGUAAAUUAUCUGGCGGACGGAAGGAGAUUGGUCGGAGCCUGUCGAGAGUGGACACCGGGCGGCGCAGUCGGUCUGCGUUGCAGCAGCCGGUUUCGAGGCCCUCUUGUGGGACUCCCGAGAGCGAAGUUGAACAAGAAUGUACUUCGUCGAUGAAUUAUCAAAAUAGAAGUAAUGGGAAAAAUGCUGAUUUUGAUAAACUAAGAUCUGCCCAACCGCUGCCAAGUCGGCAUGUGCCAUUUGAGACAUCAGAUGGAUCUGCUUCUUGUUUGCGAACUCCAAAUUGGGGAGAUGGAGUACCCACAAGUUCUUUGUCAGAUGCUAAAGAAAAAACAAUUAAAGCAGUUUUUGAACAAAUGAAGGGUGAUCAUUUGGUGGGGAGUGAUGCUGCUGCUGCUGGGAUAUAUGAAACUGUUAGAUCUGAAGUGAGACGUGCUAUCUCUGAUAUACAAAAUGACCUUGAAAGUGCUAUCCAAAGGCAUAAUGCCACUGCUCUUGCGACCGCCAGUCUAACUGAUAUUCCUCCAGACUUGGUCAAUCCAGGGGCAAUUGAAUUAGUCUUGGACAUUAGAAGGGAAUAUGCCAUAAAGCUUGAGGAGUCCCAAAAGCGUGCUCAAAAACUGAGGGCCGACCUGGCUGUUGAGGAGCAUCGCGGGAAAGAGCUUAGUAGAAUCCUGAAGGAAAUACUUCCAGAUCCAGAGUCUACCACUGUGCAGAAAUAUCGUCCAGGAAGAAAAACAAGCAUUGAAAGGAGGAAAAUGUCAAAACGUCUGACGGAAGAAGCCAUGGCAUAUUUUGAUGAGUGUGUAUCAAUAUCCACUUUUGAUAGUUCAGAUUUUUCUGCACCAGAGGAUCCACCAAUUAACAUAGAUACAACUACUACUCCAGCGGCCGAGAGUGCAACUUUUUCUCAAGGAAGUCCAAGCAUUUCAACCCCAUGUACUCCCAACAACUGUAUCAAUCACAAAGAGGAGUUGGGUGGUCAAGGUCAAUCGAUAUAUAGCCAUGAGAAAUCUUACUCAACAUCAAGCAGCUCUAAUAACGGGCACCCUAUAGGUCUGUCCAGUCUCCAAGGCUCCAACACACAACAGAGUCAGAAAUUCCAGUUUUCUUUUGCUCGCAAACCAACUGAAAAUGUUGGUCUUCAGGAAAAUGUGAGGAAUUAUGUAAAAAAUUUUGAAAAAGACGUUCAGAAGGGCAACAUCGACUCAGAGACUGUUAGAUCAAAUCACUAUGAUGUGGAUGAGUAUGCUUCGCAGGCUUCAACACAAAACUUAUUGUUUGACAGGGUUUUCUUUAAGAAUCGGUUAGAGUCUGGGAGUAUGCUUCUCUGUGCUGGAGUGUCAAGCCAGCUAUUUCUUCAUCAGUGAAGAGUCUUGGUGGCAUGGGAUGCGUUUUUUAAUCCUUUUGGGUUCAUUUCAAGGGAUAAGGAAAAAUAAGGCUGGCGAAGGAGCGGUUAUCCAGUCUGGGUGGGUUAUUGGUUUGAGUUUGGGUCAUGGAUCUGAAUUUGGGUCAAAUAGCUGCAGUCUGUUUUGGUUUAGGGGACAAGUGAUCAAAGAGUUUUAGGCUUUUGGCAUGGUAGAGAGAAACUGAAGAAGCCACCACUGCUUAAGUGUUAGCUAGCUUGCAUGUUAUUUUGAAUUUUGACAAAUAACAAAUUUUGGUCAUAUUAAAAUUUCAUUAGACUUUGAUAGAUUUUAUCCUGCUUGUUGGGUGAGAACGAUCAGAAUAAUACAAUGUCCACGGAUGAAUUUGCAGUUGUCCCAAGAUUUCUCUGUAU